UAUACUACGUGAGAUUUCAGUGACACACAGAAAGACAAAAAAAGAGCGUCAGGUUCACCAGUUCCACUUUACGACAUGGCCGGACCACGGAACUCCAGACACCCUUGAACUCGUCCUAUUCCACCGACGUGUGACCUCAUAUAGGACACAUCUUACUGGGCAGAUGGUUGUACACUGCAGCGCUGGACUCGGGAGGACGGGAACCUUCAUAGGUCUAGAUGCUCUUUCAAAGGAGGAAAAGAAAUCUGGACAAGUGGAUAUUUCGAGUUACAUAAGAAAAAUGCGAGAGGACCGAAUGAAUAUGGUUCAAACUCAUGAACAGUAUAUCGCUCUUCACGAAUUGCUUGUCCAGAAACACGAUCUACAGGAUACUCUGAUUUCCGAUACAGACUUUCCUGUAACUUUGAGAAAAAUGCUUCCGCCCGGAAAACCAACAAACCAAACAAAGCUACGAAAAGAAUUUGAAAAUCUUCAGACUCUCAUUCCCAAAUAUGAUUCGAGUUGCUAUAGAGCAGGAAUGAUGAAAGAAAACAAGAGCAAAAACAGAACAAUGUCUAUUAAAGCAGUUGACAUGUAUCGAGCUUACCUGCGGUCACAGGUGGGCGGCAGGAAUGACUACAUCAAUGCUGUUAUGCUACAGUCACACAGGUCGAAAUCAGGGUACCUUAUGACACAGUUUCCGUUAGAGGGCACAGUUGAUGACUUGUGGACGAUGGUGAUUGACUACAACUGUGAGAACAUCGUUGUCCUAGGUACCCCUACAGAGCACUGGCUUCGAGAAGAGAGCGAGGCAAAUGAAGCCCAUGGGAUAUAUGUUAGGAAGCAAAACGCAUUAGCGGUCAUUCCCGACGUUGAUAUUGCUGACUAUAACAUAACAAGCAAGAGAUCCAAAACUGACAUGACAAUACGGAUCUUCACUAUGAAGGAGUGGUCAUCGGAUUCUUUGCUGCCCCCCUCCAACUCGUCCCUUCUCCUUCUGCUGGAGCAACUGGACAGUCGUCGACGGUCAGACAACACAAGACCCGUGGUCGUCAUGUGUCAGGACGGAUGCACACAGAGUGGACUAUUCUGUUGUAUAUCAAAUGCCCGAGAUCAAAUGAAGAUGGAUAAUGAAGUGGACAUAUUUCAAACGUCUAGACAAAUACAAGUCCGACGGCCACCAGCUCUCAGACAUAUUGAGCAGUACCAGUACUGUUACAACUUCAUUGGGCAGUAUCUGGACUCAACCAACAUCUACAUCAACUAAAGGCGUGUGAAAUGGGAAUCCUUGCGUCUUUUGAAGGCUGACAGUUAACUAUCUGGAUUGAGAUGAAGGUGGUUUCCAAGUUUCCAUAGUUACCUUCAUGAAACUUCAUUCGAUCGUUUUAGUGGAAGUGAACUUCCGUAUAAUAACAGGAUGUGAUUGCCGAUUGAAAGACCAGGAAUGUUUGAAGACGGAAAGAACAGAUUCAAAUGUUUUCCGGUAUUUGGAAAAUCUUCCUCGUAACGCAUGUGUUUUGUGAGACGAUAACCUACGACACCAAAGCGCAAUGCAUUGCAUCACAGAGACGUACUAGUUGUUACCAAUUAGACUAUAUUAUAGGAAUGAUUACAUAUGUACACUUAUAUCUUAAAUAACUCUACGUAAGGAGUAAAAGUAUAAUUAUAAAACCAACUGAAUAGAUAGCAGAUAUUUUUUCAGUGUCUUUGGUUUUAUGCGUAUUGAAAGCAAAAUUCAUAUAUUCCAUAUUCUAAGAGUGAAAAUGCAUUUAACCAAUUAUAUCAGUUUUUUUACUCUGCAAAGCAUUUAUCUAUUCAAAUAUUAUUUGUGAUACUGUUGAACAGUUUAAGCCUUACUGUUUUAACUAAAAUGUGUAUUGUUAAGUGUUUGUGUGUGUCUUAUGUCCAAUUAACAACUUUGAUCAAUUAAGGACUAUCCAGGGUUUGUAAGUGGAGGAGAACCAGCGUGCCUGAAGAAUAAAAACCAACCUGCAGCAAAAAAGGACCUUGCCACUGCCCAAUGUAGGCCUUCAGCCAACGACCCCCAGUGGUGAAUGGCAAGUGAUCGUAGACGGUCUAACGCCUUUAUCACUCAACCACCGUGGCUCCUUGCUAAAUGUACAUAUAAUUUCAUGUAUGUUGAUAUCUUAAUUGUUUAAUACAUCAAACGCUGGUUUCAUUGCUAUUAACACUACAUUCAUUUGAUAGUUGAUUUUGGAUGCUAUAGUUUAACCUUUGUGUUCUAAAAGGAAGGAUUAAUAAUGACGGCAAAUAUUUAUGUUUAAAAAAGUUGUGUUCCGGUAGCAGACAUAUUUUGAAAACUAAAUGUAAAUUGAGGUUCUCCUAUUUAUAACGAUGUAAAUAAUUUCUUCUUUUACAUGUUGUUUGAAAUUUUCACUUAAAAACUUUCUACCCCGGACACGAUUUGAAAUCCACGUCUUACUAAGUCAAUGUUGUUUAUUAACUAAUACACAUACAGUUGUAUUGUGUUUUCUCGUAAUUACCAGUGUCAAGUUUUGAUCAUUGACCACAAUCGGAGAGGAAGCAUAUGACAAGCGCAGCACAUUUUUUAGCACCACAACAUUUGUACUACACGAUUUGUUAAAGAAUAUUAGCUGAUACGAAUUUCAGAGAUGAAUGGCGUUUUUCCAUUUCUGGGCGAGUAUGUCCAGUAAAUAUUGCAUAAAACACUGCUUAUGUGGUUCAGUUUCUUAAGCACUAGAGAGCAAUCUGUGUGGCAGUCUCAGUAAUCAAUG